UUGUUCAAGAUGAACAGAAAACCACUGAAGGCAACUGGCACUUUAAACAAUUCUACUGUUCAACUAUCUGCAGAUGUAAUCGAGGAAGAAGCUGACUAUGUUAAUGCAGCAGUAGGUGCUGUGGAUAGAAUGGCCGUCACUUCAGAUCAGAAGUUUCUCUCCUUCACUCCGUCUUUUCCAGCAGUGGCAGUGUGCUGGGUGAUUCUGUCAGUGAUCAUGGCCCUUCGUAUCUACUUUACUUCUGUCAUUUCUGAACACAACGCAAAGCUGACUGCAGAAAACCAGAUCCUGACAACACAAAACCAGGAUCUGGAGUCACAGAGGAACAACUUAACAGAACAAAUACAAAACAUGGAGACAAAGUGGAAUGAGCUCAACGUCAGUCGAGCUCAGUGGAGCAUUGAUGCCUACUGCCCAAAACCAAAGAACCAAAACAGACAGUGUAAAGCUUGUCAGAAAGGUUGGAUACUCUCAGAAUCCAGCUGCUAUGCGAUUAAUAACCCUGGUGUUUCUGGUCAGAAAACCUGGGAAGAAGCUCGAGAAAACUGCAGAAGAAAGAUUUCAGAUCUGGUUGUUAAACUUGAUCAAAAGGAGAAGGUAAUGAGAACACUGAACAUUUUUAUGACAGAAUAUAUUGAUUUUCCCUGGGGCAGUUAUGACUACUGGAUUGGCCUGAGAGUUGAAGCUGGAAAUUGGACGUGGAUCAAUGGAACUUUUCUAAAGACUCAAGACUACUGGACAGAAGCACCUUCUGGUGAAGCUCAUUGUGUGAUUUCUGUCGGAGGGACACCUUCCAAGAAAUGGAAAGCUGUGAAGUGUGAUAAGAAACAUCGAUGGAUCUGUGAGAAGAAAGCUUUAUCUGUUUAAGAUCUGUAAUCAGAAUUGAAGAGAUUACUGGAUAGUCUGCACAGAUGAAUGACGCGUACAAUAACAUCAGCUGGCUUGUAAAAAAGAAAAUUCGUAAAAUUCUACUUCAGAAUUUGUUGAAUUUAAUUUCAAGUAUGAAUGUAUAAGGGGUUUUAUUUUUCAAAUAUACUUGCAUAUAAUAAAUAAAUAAAUAAAUAAUAAAGUAAUGUAUUUGUGUCUGCAUGUGUGUGUAUCAAAAAAAAGACAAACAGAUUUAAAUGUGUAUAUAUGUGUAAUACAGUUUUGGAUUAUUGAUACUGGGAGUCUGACUAUUGACCAGUAUUUAGUAAAAUACAGUGCUAAUAACAUCAAAUAUGGAUUUCUUCUACUUUGAUGAAGCCACAAUAAUGAAAUAUUGAAUAUCAGGAUAUGAUGAGAUCCAACAGAGGAACCUACAAACUGUUCAAAGUCUCCAUAAAGCCUGUAUUUUGUAAUUGUAACAUCUGAAUUGUUGCUAUUGAUCAGCCAACAGGGAGUGAUGUCAAACUCUACAAA